UUCGGGUUCGGGUCAAAACAGCCAUUGUCGUUCUUUUAUUUCCUUUCGUUCCGAUUCAAAUAAGAGAGAGAGAAGUAAGUUUCGAGCAGAGAAUAACAAUAAUAGUAUUAGCAGAAGCUCAGCUCCGCCACCGCCACCGGAGAAAUCAUUCUCAGUUCCAAACAAACAAAUAAAAAAAAACCCGUCUGUAUCUUUCUUUCUUGGGUAGACAUGUUGUGCAACAGUUGAGAGCAGUUGCAUGCCCCUCCCCACCCAUAACUUCCUUUCUCAUUUCCCGAUCUUCGCAUUAAUCAUACUCCUGGGAGAUCUCACGACACCAAAACCCAGCUUAAAAGAAGAAGAAGAAGAAGAAGAUCUACUUGUUCCAAACGACACCUUCUCCUGUCGUUUUAGUUAACGCCGCUCGAGAUCUGUGUCUCCUUCUUGGCUUUUGAGCUAUUGGCGGUGCUGGGUUUUCUCUGGAAAAAUCUUUUUUUUUAUAUAUAAAAUUUCUAAUGGGAGUUAAGGGUGGGAUAAGUGGAUAGUUUACAAAGUAAUGAAGGAGUGGAAGAUUAGGAGAAGCGGCUUUGAGGUCGGCGAGACAAAGAUUGCGAGCUUAUUUGGCUGAUGUGUGUUCUGUAAGGAAAAAGAAGUAGUAGAAGAAGACAUCUGUUUUUUUUUUUUUUUUUUUUUUUAAUUAGGGUUUUUGGAUUUGUGAAAAGAUUUGGUGGGUGGUGGGGAGAGUAACAAUUAAAAAAAAAACAGUUAGAGCUUUUUUUGGUGUUUCCUCGUCAUAAUUACAUUUGGGAAUCUUGGAUCUUUGAAGAAACAAAGUUGGAAAGAAAGAUGAGAUUGUCUACUGCUGGGUUUAAUCCUCAACCUCAUGAAGUUACAGGGGAGAAGAGAGUUCUAAAUUCUGAGCUGUGGCAUGCUUGUGCUGGUCCUCUUGUCUCCUUACCUCCUGUUGGAUCCAGAGUUGUGUAUUUCCCUCAAGGUCACAGUGAACAGGUGGCUGCUUCGACCAACAAAGAAGUGGAUGCUCAUAUACCAAACUACCCCAGCUUGCAUCCUCAGCUUAUCUGUCAGCUUCACAAUGUCACAAUGCAUGCUGAUGUGGAGACUGAUGAAGUCUACGCACAAAUGACUUUGCAACCAUUGAACGCUCAAGAACAAAAAGAUCCAUACCUUCCUGCGGAGUUAGGUGUCCCGAGUAGACAGCCUACAAACUAUUUCUGCAAAACUCUGACUGCUAGUGAUACCAGCACUCAUGGUGGUUUCUCUGUGCCUCGCCGAGCUGCUGAGAAAGUCUUCCCUCCCUUGGAUUACUCUCAGCAGCCUCCAGCUCAAGAGUUGAUGGCGAGAGAUCUGCACGAUAACGAGUGGAAGUUCAGGCAUAUUUUCAGAGGCCAACCUAAAAGACACCUCCUUACUACUGGUUGGAGCGUAUUUGUGAGUGCUAAAAGGCUUGUCGCUGGUGACUCUGUUCUUUUCAUCUGGAACGACAAGAACCAGUUACUUCUUGGUAUAAGACGGGCCAACCGUCCACAGACUGUCAUGCCUUCGUCUGUUUUGUCAAGUGACAGUAUGCAUCUAGGCCUUCUUGCUGCUGCUGCUCAUGCUGCCGCUACUAAUAGUCGCUUCACCAUCUUCUAUAACCCAAGGGCAAGUCCUUCAGAGUUUGUGAUACCACUGGCUAAGUACGUGAAAGCGGUUUAUCACACUCGCGUCUCUGUUGGCAUGCGGUUUAGGAUGCUGUUUGAAACCGAGGAAUCAAGUGUUCGUAGGUACAUGGGUACAAUAACUGGCAUUUGUGAUCUAGAUCCUACUCGUUGGGCUAAUUCUCACUGGCGGUCCGUUAAGGUUGGAUGGGAUGAGUCAACUGCAGGAGAGAGGCAACCGAGAGUUUCCUUGUGGGAGAUUGAGCCUUUGACGACAUUCCCUAUGUAUCCGUCUCCUUUUCCUCUAAGGCUUAAACGUCCAUGGCCUCCAGGUCUCCCAUCUUUUCAUGGACUUAAAGAAGACGAUAUGAGUAUGGGUAUGGGUAUGAGUUCGCCGCUUAUGUGGGACAGAGGACUUCAGUCUCUAAACUUUCAAGGAAUGGGAGUAAACCCGUGGAUGCAGCCUAGACUUGAUGCUUCUGGCUUGCUUGGUAUGCAGAAUGAUGUUUACCAAGCAAUGGCUGCAGCUGCUCUUCAAGACAUGAGAGGCAUUGAUCCUGCUAAAGCUGCUGCUUCACUUCUUCAGUUCCAAAACCCCUCGGGCUUCUCAAUGCAACCCCCUUCCUUAAUGCAGCCACAGAUGCUACAGCAGCAACUCUCUCAGCAGCAGCAGCAGCAACAACAACUCUCUCAACAGCAGCAGCAACAGUCUUAUCUGCCCGUUCCUGAAACCCACCAGCCUCAAUCUCAGUCAAACACUCUUCUCUCUCAGCAGCAGCAGCAGCAGCAGCAGCAGCAAGUGGUGGAUAAUCAUAAUCAGUCAGCCUCCACUGCUGCCGCUGUUUCUGCUAUGUCUCAGUUUGGUUCUGCUUCUCAGUCCAUGACUUCUCUGUGUCAGCAACAAAGCUUCUUAGACACCAACGGAGGAAACAACAAUCCUAUGUCUCCGCUCCACACUCUUCUCAGCAACUUCUCUCAAGACGAGUCAUCUCAACUGCUCAACCUCACUAGAACAACAAACUCUGCUGCAAUGACUUCUUCCGGUUGGCCAUCAAAGCGUCCUGCAGUUGAUUUAUCAUCGUUCGGCAACAACAGCAACACUCAAUCCGUAAUUGAGCAACUGGGACAGUCCCACAACACAAGCAACGUUCCUCCAAACGCUGUCUCGUUGCCUCCAUUCCCCGGUGGGGGUAGAGAGUGCUCAAUAGAGCAAGAAGGAGGAAGCCCCUCAGACCCACAUAGCCAUCUUCUGUUUGGAGUCAACAUAGAUUCAUCUUCCCUCUUGAUGCCAAACGGAAUGUCGAACCUUAGAAGCAUAGGCAUUGAAGGAGGCGACUCCACCACUCUACCUUUCACAACAUCUAACUUCAACAACGACUUCUCCGGUGGUAAUCUUGCAAUGACCACACCUUCUAGUUGUAUAGACGAACCAGGGUUUCUACAGUCCUCUGAAAACCUCGGUUCUGAGAACCAACAAUCCAAUAAUACCUUUGUGAAGGUGUACAAGUCAGGGUCUUUUGGACGAUCACUAGAUAUAACGAAGUUUAGCAGCUACCACGAGCUGCGAAGCGAGCUUGCUCGCAUGUUUGGCCUAGAAGGCCAGUUAGAAGACCCUGUGAGAUCAGGCUGGCAGCUUGUAUUUGUCGACCGAGAGAACGAUGUUCUUCUCCUCGGCGAUGACCCUUGGCCGGAGUUUGUGAGCAGUGUGUGGUGCAUAAAGAUACUGUCACCACAAGAAGUGCAGCAGAUGGGGAAAAGAGGCCUUGAGCUUCUCAACUCAGCUCCUCCAUCCUCGAACAACAACGUCGUCGAGAAGCUCCCGAGCAAUAACGGGAACUGCGAUGACUUUGGGAACCGGUCAGACCCGAGGAACCUUGGUAACGGUAUUGCAUCCGUUGGGGGUUCGUUCAACUACUAGAGAAGAAAAACCCCUUUUCUUGGUAAUCAAGUUAUUAUGUUUUAUCAAAAAUAGUAUUUGAUCUUCUUAGUUUUAAUUACUAGUAAGCUAAACUGUCUUUAUUACUUACAAAAAGGGAGCUUUGCGUUGGCCUUUGUGGAGACAAAAAAAAACUAAAACUAUGUAAUAGCUCUUAUCUUUUAUGUCGUAAUACUGUAAUUAUAAGAUCUUUUUGGUCUUUUUCUUAUAUGAAUAUUUUUUUUAUGUCA